CAAGUAGCAAGUUAGGACGAAGGAGCUGAGGCACGCUGUAGCACUGUCCUUCCAUCUCGGUUCUGGUGGGAAUCGGAGGACUGGAGCAGGUCUGGGUCCCUAGGGAAUGGAUCGGGUAUGGCGCGCGUGGUUCCGAAAGUGCGUCAAAGAGAAAGGAUCGUCUGCACCUGGCUCCCAGAGCAUCGUAGUCUCCUGGCUCAACCGGGCCGAGUGGGACCAGGUGACGGUCUAUCUAUUUUGUGAUGAUCAGAAAUUGCAGCGGUAUGCACUGAACCGCAUUACUGUGUGGAGGAGCAGUGCUGGACUGUGGCCCUUUAGGUUAGGCAACGAACUCCCCCUGGCAGUGGCUUCUACUGCUGACCUGAUACGCUGUAAGCUCAUGGAUGUUACUGGUGGCUUGGGCAUGGAUGAACUUAGACUGCUCUAUGGCAUGGCAUUGGUCAGGUUUGUGAAUCUUAUCUCAGAGAGGAAGACAAAGGAUGCCAAGCUCCCCCUCAGAUACCUGGCUCAGGAGGUGAAUAUUCCAGAUUGGGUUGUUGAACUUCGCCAUGAGCUGACCCACAAGAAAAUGCCACAUAUAAAUGACUGCCGCAGAGGCUGUUACUUUGUACUGAACUGGCUCCAGAAGACAUACUGGUGUCAUCAAUUGGAGAAUAGCAUGAGAGACACCUGGGAUUUGGAGGAGGACAGAGGACAAAUAGAAGAACAAGAGGAAAAUAAUGUUAUUGAAGAUGUGGAACCAAAAUCAGAGCCUCAGGAUGAAGGGAAAGGUGCUGAGUUGAAUGUCAGGGGUGAUGGAGACAAUAAAAGUAAUGAAGAGGUGGAUUCUCCUUGUGAAAAGACUCUGAGACAUAAGGAGUUAUAUGAAAGAUCCCGAGAAUUGCUUGUAUCAUAUGAAGAGGAACAGUUUAAGGUGCUGGAGAAACUUAGGCAUUUACCUCGGGCCAUUAAGAUUUGGAGUAAUCCAUCCCCACGUGUAGAAUGCAUCCUGGCAGAACUCAAGGGCAUUUCAUGGGAGAACAGAAAUGCUGUGCUGGAUGCUUUUCUGGAUGAUGGUUUCCUCAUUCCCACAUUUGAGCAGCUGGCAGCUUUGCAGAUAGAGUAUGAAGAUGGUCAGACUGAGGUCCAGAGAGGGGAAAGUACUGAUCCAAAGUCACACAAAAACAUGGACUUGAAUGACGUCUCGGUGCCAAAGCCAUUCUCUAAGUUCUGGCAGCCUCUGCUCAGGGGCCUGCACUCUCAGACCUUCACACAGGCCCUGCUGGAGAGGAUGUUCUCUGAGCUGCCAACCUUAGGGAACAGUGGGAUCCGGCCCACCUACAUCCUUAGAUGGACCAUUGAACUGAUCGUGGCCAACACCAAAACUGGACGGAAUGCUCGACGGUUUUCUGCAAGCCAAUGGGAAGCAAGAAGGAGCUGGAGGCUGUUCAACUGUUCUGCCUCCCUUGACUGGCCCCAAGUGGUUGAGUCCUGCUUGGGCUCACCUUGUUGGGCCAGCCCCCAUCUCCUUCAGCUUGUCUUCAAAGCCAUGGGGCAACUCUUGCCUGAUGAGGAACAGGAGAAGCUGCUGCGCAUUUGUUCCAUUUAUACCCAGAAUGGAGAGAACAGCCAGACAAAGCCAGCCUUAGGGUCCACUCCCACUGGGAAGUGUCCAUACACACCUGACACUCUUAAUUGGAGCCUAAGACAAGCUGCCACCAAUUGUGGGUCUGGAGAUAAGGUCCAGCAGCAGAAGCAGCAGGGCAGCCUUAAUGAUGUCAAGCAAGAGGAGGAAGAGGAAGAGGAAGAGGAGGAGGAAGAGGAGGAAAAGGGCUUGCAAGACCAGAUGGAGGAAGAAGAGGAAGAAGAAGAGGAGGAAGAGGAAAGUGAUGAUCUGGAAGAGGAAGAGGUGGAUGAAGACGAGGAAGAAGAAGAUGAUAGUGAAGAGGAAGACAGAAUGGAAAUGGAACCUUUUUCGGCCAUGCAGGAAUCCUUCACUGUUGAGAAUGCUAGGAUUAUGACCCAGAAAAGAGAAGCUUUGCAGGGUUCAGCAUGGCAAGUUAGCUCUGAAGAUGUUCGAUGGGGCACAUUCCCCAUAGGCCGAAUGCCAGGUCAGACUGAGGACCCAGCAGAGCUUAUGCUGGAGAAUUAUGACACCAUGUAUCUCUUGGACCAGCCUGUGUUAGAGCAACGGCUAGAACCUCCUAAGUGCAAGAGUAGCACCCUGAGCCUAAGCUGUGCUGGAGGCAGUGGCAACUGCACCAACAACAGCAGCAACUUUGAGGGCCUUCUCUGGAACCAGGGGCAACUACAUGGGCUCAAAACUGGCCUGCAGCUCUUUUGAUGAUUGCCCUGAUGCAAGUGUUCAUACAGCUCUGCUGGGGUAACAGCCUGAUGCUCAUUGAUGCAACCUGGGGGACAUCCUGGAUCGGCCACCUCCAUUCAGCUUUCUAUCACAGUGGAAUUAUGGAUAUUUUCCCUCUUUUUGUUUUGUUUAAAAAAAUAAACACAAAACUUUU